GAGACGGACGGAGAAAGGGAGGACGUGACGAGAGAGGAGAAGAAAAGCAAGGAGAAGGACCAGAGAGGACAGGAAGAAGCUGAGAGUUCGUUACUUGAAUAUUUCUUGCACCACUGGAACUCCUGGACUACUGAGAUUUACUUUGACACACUGCAGGACCCUGCAUGUGCAUCCUCUCAUUGCUGGAGACUUAGCAUUGCCCUGCCUGUACGUCUGCACGUCUGCUGCACGUGUAGUUUUUGGUAGCUGCAGAUAAUAGGAUCGGCGUGUUUGUGCAUACAUACAAGACAUAGUCAGAGGAUGGGAGCCCUUCGCCUCUGUCUUGCUCUCUUCUUCCUCUUCUCUUCUCCUGUGCAAGCCCAGUGGUGGCGUUUCGCGUGGCUGAGCCCUAAAACCAGCACCAGAUCUCCUCCUACCUCCAUUCCUCCCUCCAUCACUGCUCCAUCCAUCACCUCGUUGGGCCUUUCUGACACCCCAGGGACAACACAGUGGGUGACAGAGAAAGCUCUAGAGGGUAGCACUCAGAUAGAGGGGUCUGUGCUGGCUCCCACACCCAGCCCAGGAGUGUCAAUCUUUGGCCACAGCACUGCAGAACCCGGGACGUUACGUCCAGAGAAGAACGCAGCUGGAGAUGGCAAAGCCAAGGCCCAGUACAAACCACUAAAACACUGGAAGAGUGAGCGAGGCUCAGGAGGUCAUCUGGACCUGAUGGAGUUAAUCGGCGUCCCCCUCCCACCCUCUGUCUCAUUCACUCCUGGCUAUGAGGGUUUACCAGCCUACAACUUCGGGCCCGAAGCCAACAUCGGACGGCUCACCAAGGCCUUUGUGCCAGGGUCAUUCUACAGGGACUUUGCCAUCAUUGUCACGGUGCGUCCAGCCAGUCAGAAAGGAGGCGUGUUGUUCGCCAUCACAGAUGCCCUUCAGAAGGUGGUGAAGCUGGGUUUGGCUCUCACUCCGGUGCGUGGUGGCCUCCAGAGCAUCUUACUGUACUACACUGACAAAGAGCAGGCGUCCCACAGCCACAAAGCUGCUUCCUUCAGUGUCCCAGAUAUGACCGAUCAGUGGACGCGAUUCACGGUGGUGGUGGAGCAUGAUGAGGUGCGUCUCUACAUGGACUGUGGAGAGGCCGAGAGGGCUACUUUUCAUAGGAAACCAGAAAGACUUACCUUCCAACACAAUUCAGGCAUUUUCGUAGCUAAUGCAGGAAGCACGGGGCUUGACGUGUUUGUGGGAUCCAUUCAACAGCUGGUGAUAAAAGAUGAUCCGAGAGCAGCUGAGGAGCAAUGUGAAGAUGAUGAUCCUUAUGCCUCGGGAUACACCAGCGGAGAUGAUGCUCUGGAUGACAGAGAGACAGAGGAGGAAGUGAUGAAGAACACUCAUGAAAGAACACACGGCAGAGCACAUGAGGAGGAGGAGGAGGAGGACAGUGUUCCAGCCAGAGCUCCACCCACUGAGGCUCCCGAGGUGGAGCUUGAUGAGUACUCUAGUCAUCUGACCCCAACACAGGCCAGAGAAGACGCACAGAUGAGAGGGCCACACAGGGCAGAGGAGCCAGGGGAGAGAGAUGGUCAGGUCAGGCCUGGGUUAAAAGGAGAGCGUGGAGAUCCUGGACCCAGAGGGCCACCUGGCCCACCCGGUCGCCCAGGCCCCACCCCUCUACCUGGGAAAGCUCAGCCUGGCCCAAGAGGGACAAAAGGACCACCAGGAUCCCCUGGUUCCCCAGGGCUGCCAGGGAGAGAUGGACAGCAGGGAAGCAAGGGUGAGAAAGGAGAUCCAGGUGUACGAGGACCUCAGGGAUUUCCAGGUUUGGAUGGAGAAGCUGGAAUUAAAGGAGAGAAGGGAGAACCAGGAGUUGGUCAACCAGGCCCCCCCGGCCUUCCUGGGCCUCCUGGACCCCCCAGAUCACGCAGUGUACCGUAUGGAGCAGAUGCUCUUGGUUCUGGGUUUGAGGACCUGGACAGUGACACUGAACUUAUCAGGGGUCAUCCUGGUCCACCAGGGCCUCCAGGACCUCCUGGUCCCCCUGGACCCAUGUCAUCAUCUGACACUGCUGAAGGCCCCUCUUCAGGCCAUGCUGGACCACCUGGUGCCUCUGGCAGAGACGGGAUCCCAGGCCAACCUGGAGUACCAGGUCCAGCAGGAAGAGAUGGAGCUCCAGGUCUACCAGGACCUAUGGGAAAGAAGGGUGACCAAGGGCUACCUGGGCCACCUGGACCAAAGGGUGAUUGUGGGUUUGUAGGUACAGAAGGUUCCUCUGGGCCUCCAGGGCCAAAUGGUCCACCAGGGAAGAGAGGCCCACCAGGUCCCCCAGGACCCCCUGGUCCCUCUGGACCUCCAGGAACCAAAUUCUUUGUAGAGGAUAUGGAAGGAUCUGGGAAGAGUGACAUGCUGAUUGGAGCUGGAGUCAGGGGCCCACAGGGUCCCCCUGGCCUACCUGGCCCACAAGGACCUAAGGGUGAGGAUGGAGCCACAGGUGCUCCAGGGCUCUCAGUGAAGGGUGAGCCAGGGGACCCAGGACCAACUGGUCUUCAAGGUCCUGCUGGACUGCCUGGUGCUAGGGGUGCCAAAGGGGAAAAAGGAGACACAGGACCCAAGGGUGAUAGAGGUGUUGAUGGACUCAGUAUCCCAGGACCACCUGGGCCUCCUGGACCCCCUGGACCUAUCUUCAAUUUGUCAGAUCUGCUGCUCCUCAAUGUUACAGAUGGGAUCUUCAACUUCACAGAGAUCAGAGGACCACCAGGGCCCAUGGGCCCUGAAGGCUUGCCUGGCAGAGCUGGAUUUCCUGGCCCCAGGGGACCAAAGGGAGACAUUGGCCCUCAGGGUCCCCAAGGGCCAUUAGGGUUGAAGGGAGAGAAGGGAGAGCCAGGGGUGACCAUUGCUGCUGACGGAUCCCUCUUAUCAGCACCAAAAGGCCCCAUGGGGCCCAAAGGCAACAAGGGUGACCGUGGGUUCCCUGGGCCUGCCGGACGGAUGGGCCCAGUAGGACCACCUGGACAAAAAGGAGAGUAUGGCUUCCCCGGUCGUCCAGGACGAUCAGGUAUGCCUGGGAGGAAAGGUGACAGAGGAGAUUCUGUUGGCCUACCGGGACCUCCAGGUCCUCCAGGCCCACCUGGACUUCCAGGAAGAAUUACUGGGCUGAAAGGAACAGUGUUUCCGGUGCGCCCCAGACCGCACUGCAAAAAUGGAAGAGAGUCAGUGACAGGGGGAGAUGUAGUUGGACCUAAAGGAGAAAAAGGAGAUAUGGGAUUUCCUGGAGAGCCAGGCACACCUUCACCUGUAUUUCCAGAUGGAAUUGUGGGUGCUAGAGGUGAUCAGGGAUACCCAGGUCAGAAGGGAGAAAAGGGUGACGAAGGUCUGCCUGGUCCUCCAGGACUGCCUGGGAGGUCAGGACUUGUGGGUCCAAAGGGUGAAUCCAUCGUGGGUCCCCCAGGACCUGUUGGUUCUCCGGGCCAGCCUGGAGCCCCUGGGUUCGGACGACCUGGUCCCCGAGGGCCCCCUGGCCCUGCUGGACCACCAGGAACUGCACCUGCAUAUGGAUCAGAUGUCAACAUCCCUGGCCCUCCUGGUCCUCCCGGCCCACCAGGAUCUCCAGGAUAUGCCAACCCGGUGUCUACCUACAAGACGAGCCACGCUCUGAGCAGAGAGACUCACCGUGCAGCAGAGGGAACCUUGGCCUACGUGUCUGAGAAGGGAGGAGAGCUGUACAUCAGAGUACCCAAUGGCUGGCGCAAGAUCCAGCUAGGAGAGUUGAUUCCUUCCGGACCUUCUGCCUCAGCUGCGUCUCAGUCCCUCAGCAGACCUGGAGAAUGGAGCAGACCUCACAGAAUCCACAGCCAGGAGCUGCAAGAGGGCAGUAGAGGAUAUCAGCCCAGCUAUAAUGUCCUACCACAGACGUUCAAUGCUGUACCUGGGCUCCAUCUGGUAGCACUGAACGCCCCACUGAAAGGGGACAUGCGUGGCAUCCGCGGGGCAGACUUCCAGUGCUAUCAGCAGGCUCGCUCUAUGGGGCUAACAGCCACCUACAGGGCCUUCCUGUCCUCACACCUCCAGGACCUGGCAACCAUUGUGAGGAAGGCGGACCGCACAGACAUGCCCGUGGUUAACCUCAGGGGUGAAGUGUUGUUCAAUAGUUGGAUGUCCAUCUUCUCUGGAAAUGGAGGCACAUUUAACCCAUCCACACCCAUCUACUCUUUUGAUGGACGCAACGUGAUGACUGACUCAGCAUGGCCAGAGAAGCUGGUAUGGCACGGCUCCAAUACAGUGGGAAUCCGUCUGACCACCAACUACUGCGAGGCAUGGAGGACGGCUGACAUGGCGGUGACGGGCCAGGCUGCGCUGCUGCAGACAGGACGUCUGUUAGGACAACACACCCGCUCCUGCUCCAACCACUACAUAGUGCUGUGUAUAGAGAACACAUAUGUGGGGAACACACAUCAAAAGACGACCUGAGGAGACAGAGGAAACACACACGCACUCUCACAUAAACACACAUGCAGGCAUGCUGAAAGUGCAGAGUAGAAAAUGUGACACACUGCACGAAAAAUUUGAAUUUGAACACAUGCAGGCACAUACACACAUCAUGAUGAUAUAUCACUGCGUAGAAAUUACAUUCAAGUAUACAGACAAAGGGCACUUUUGUUCAUACAUGCAGAUAAAAUACACAUCUUAACAUGCAGAAGCAGGUGUGUCCACUAAGAAAAAUGAACACAUGCAACACACAUUUGAGUUCCUUUCACUUUGUAUAGUUUAAUCUUUAGCUCCAAUGUGUAACCCAACACUUCAUAAUGUUGCCAUGCAUCCGUCCCAGUCUAGAUUUGAAUUAUUUAUAUUCAUAAUGGACAUGUAAGAGAGCAGCAUCAUUACACAGGACAUUUACAGUAUGGGUUGUUGAAGUGAAAAAUGACACCAGCUGAUCUGAGUAGAACUGAAUAACUUUACAGACAAGCAAAUCAAUUGUACUUUACCUUAUUGCUGAUAAAUUCAAAUGUAUGUCAUAGUUUUAUUUUUUUCCCUUCAGUUCCAUGCAGCCAUUGGUUUCCAUCCAUUUCCCUACAGUAUCAAGUCUGCAUUAUGUUUUUUUCAGCAUGUUACUGUUGCACAGUGUAUAUUGGUUUUACAAGUGCAUGACUUUAAUAGCAUUACCUCACAACAAUAACAUAUUCUGACAAAAGUAAUGUAGACUCAAUGUUUACUGUGAUGGAUUCAACACCUGAAACAAUUCUGCCAAAUUAUUUUCAUAAAAACAGUUCGCUGUGAUGUAAAAUAUAGAGGGCGAUUUAUGAUUUGUAGUAACUAGGUUAAAACUUGCAAAAUCAUUAGUAUGAAUCCAGGUUCAAUUUCCUCUGCAGGGAAACAGCUUAUUGUAGUCUUUACCAAUACUGUUAUGGAUUCUUGUGAUUUUAUUGUCUUCUAUGAAACAGAGUUUUGGGUAAACAUCAUCCUUUUACAAAUUUCAACCUCAUUUCUGAACAUGACAGUGUUGUAGUUUAGACCCAAAUGUUGUGUAUCAAAGCUACAAUAGUUGUAGUGAAGAGACAGGCUGUAUUUUAACUGUAGAACAGACUUUCAGGCUAUACAGGAAAUAAAAUAAUCAGAUGUGAGUCAUUCAGGAUGAUGAUUUCUAGUUAAUAAGGCGGACAACAUUCUGUAUUACUGUUAUUGUCAACUAUUGUCAAAACUAAGAAUGUGUUAGUCCAUCUUUUAGUAUUUGGUACCCAGCCCCUAGAUUGGUUACUAAUACAAUCUUUAAAAACAGUUCACAAAUAUAUAUAUAUAUAUAUAUA